AAUUCCGAAUUUCCAACUCAUCGCCACUAGUACUACUCUAAUCUGCGGAUUCCUUCGGCUUUCGCAGUCCAAACCCUCCCGAAAUUCCUUCUCCGUGUCUGAAUACAUUGGAUCCAUGAAUUUGGUCUCUCAAUUUUCGCGUGUCCAGGGUUCAGUGUGCCUGAAUUUGUGGGUUUUAUUAUUUGCUUUUAUUUUUGAUCGAUUUUGAAUUUCCGCGUUUCUUGUUUGGAUUUUGGUGAGAGGUGCGCUUCUGGGUGCUGCGAUCUGAGUUUUGGUUGGGAAUAUCGGUUUUUUUAAGCAAAGUUUUGGUUUUGUGGGAAUUGGGUUUAGGCUGGACACGACGGGUUAGGGUUUUAGUUUUGGGCUUUUUUGGGUUUGAUUUUAGGUUUAGAAUAGGAUUUGAUUAGGAUAGGGUUAAGGUUCUGGGCGGUUUUUGAGUGCGGAGAUAUGGUUGGAUCGGAUAGUUUGAAUACGUCACUUUCUCCAUCGCCGCCGCCGGUAGAACAGAAGCGGCCGCCGAAGCAGUGGGGCGUGACGAGACCGUUGUCGCUUGCGGGGCCAAGUGACGCGGAUAUUCAAAGAAAUAGGGAGUUGGAGAAGUUUUUGGUGGAUUCGGGUCUGUAUGAGAGUGCGGAAGAGGCUGCCAAGAGGGAAGAGGUUCUUGGGAGACUAAAGCAGAUUGUGAAAAACUGGGUGAAAGAGCUUACUCGGUUGAGGGGAUACACAGAUCAAAUGGUGGAAGAUGCCAACGCCGUUAUUUUUACUUUUGGUUCUUAUAGACUUGGAGUACAUGGCCCCGGAGCUGAUAUUGAUACAUUGUGUGUUGGGCCAAAUUAUGUUAGGCGGGAGGAAGACUUCUUUUAUGUACUUCAUAACAUUUUGGCUGAGAUGGAAGAAGUUACUGAACUCCAACCUGUACCUGAUGCUCAUGUACCCGUGAUGAAAUUCAAAUUUGAUGGAAUAUCAAUUGAUCUUUUGUAUGCAAGUAUAUCUCUCUUGGUUGUUCCAGAUGAUUUAGACAUCUCAAACAACUCUGUAUUAUACAAAACGGAUGAACCAACUGCACGUAGUCUUAAUGGCUGCCGAGUUGCAGAUCAAAUUCUCAAGCUUGUUCCAAAUGUUGAGAACUUCCGGACAACACUGAGAUGCUUAAAGUUCUGGGCUAAGAGACGUGGUGUUUAUUCGAAUGUGACAGGGUUUCUUGGAGGUGUGAACUGGGCUCUUCUUGUAGCUCGCUUGUGUCAAUUUUAUCCCAAAGCAAAUCCCAGUAUGCUAGUUUCUCGUUUCUUCAGAGUCUAUACACUGUGGCGCUGGCCAAAUCCUGUGAUGCUUUGUGAAAUAGAGGAUGAUGAACUUGGAUUUUCUGUAUGGGAUCCUCGAAAAUAUCCUUGGGACCGUAAUCAUCUCAUGCCAAUUAUAACCCCUGCUUACCCAUGCAUGAAUUCUAGUUACAAUGUUUCGGCAAGCACCCUCCGGGUCAUGAUGGAACAGUUCGAAUUUGGUAAAAAGAUCUGUGAGGAUAUCGAGCUGAAUAAGCUGCAGUGGAGUGCAUUGUUUGAACCAUAUUUAUUCUUUGAAAGCUAUAAAAAUUAUCUACAGGUUGACAUUAAUGCUGCUGAUCUUGAUGACUUGCGUGCUUGGAGAGGUUGGGUUGAAUCCCGGCUGAGGCAGCUAACUCUGAUGAUAGAGCGGGAUACCUCUGGGAAAUUACAGUGUCACCCUUACCCACAUGAUUAUGUGGAUUCUUCAAAGCAGUGUGCUCAUUGUGCCUUUUUCAUGGGGUUACAAAGGAAGCAAGGAGAGGUUAUUCAAGAAGGCCAACAGUUUGAUAUCCGCCAGACUGUUGAUGAGUUUAGGCAUCAAAUACACUCAUACUUGUACUGGAAGCCCGGGAUGGAUAUAUAUGUUUCUCAUGUUCGUAGAAAGCAAAUUCCCUCUUAUGUAUUUCCAGAGGGUUACAGACGAAGCCGACAUACGAGGCUUAUGAGUCAGCACCAGGUUGAUAAGAUGUCUAGUGAGGGUGGUGAGGCCUGCAGACCUGGAUCUGCUGAAAGAGUCCUAAAACGGAAAAAGGAGCUUGAUGCAUCAGAUUUGAAGGAGGGGAGGCGUCCACAGAAAAGCCAUUCUGUUAGUCCUCAGAGGCAAGUUUCAGUCUCACCUGAGCUUAUUUGUUCUAGAAGCGCAGGUACAUUGAAAGACUGUUGCUCUACGGCAUCUUAUACAAUGGAAGAAAAGACUGCGGUGGAGGGUUCAUGCCUGUUUAUGGAUGGAAUGACUCAACAAGAGGCACCUUUGACCCCAGGGGAUGCAUGCACCAGAUCUAAUGAGGUUGGGCUGCAGCUUGUUGAUAGGGAUAAAGAGUUAAAUAUAGAUUUCAUAAAGCCGAACCAGGGGAUGCACUGUUCAGAAAACACUGAUGCUGGUUGCGUCUCAAGUACCUGUAAUUCUCACUGUGCAAGCAGCGGUGGUAACUUAGGGAUCAACGUUGAAGGACCUUCAUUGGAUAGAUCAUGCGUGUCUAAUACACAGCUGCUGUCGAAUAAAGGACGCGAGAAUGAUGCUUCUGUUUUGGGGGACGGAUUACGAGAGAAGUUAGAGCCUAAUGCUGCUCUCACGAUGGUUCUCAAAUCCGGGGAUGGAGUCGGGUCUGAACCUGUUCAGAAGAACGUGAUGAGCAGCAGGUUGAGUCUCACAUCGACUGCCUGAAUGAGAAGAUAGAUACCUGGAUGGAUGAAUGAGCAGUGUCACAUGACUGAAAGCCAGCAGCUCGGGUAAGUAUCAUAUUCCUUGCUGGCUUUCAUAUGUUUCUUAUUUUUCCAGGCUAGCUAUUUUUAAACCUUGAGAGGAAAAGAAAACCAAAGCAGCCGCAAUAUGAAGAACCCCCUUGAGUUUCCAUAUGUAAAGGAUGCCAUGGAGCAGGAGUUGUCGUGUGCUGUUUCUGGCCCUGAAAGAGAUUGGUGAUGCUAACUUUGUUAAUUAUAUGAAAAUGUUGACUUGCGUGUGUGGAAAGGGCGUGGUAUAUUGUGCUGCCAUUAGUCGGAGGCAGCUUGUUGUGUUGUAUAUUUCUAGGGGGUUAUUUUACUAAGGUUAGGGCGUGAAGUCUUUUCUUGCAGGUCAUUGAGGUUUCACCUUCGAGCUUCUAGUAUGUCCAAGACUUGAAUUUGUACAUUACUAACAUCCAAGUACAAACAUUUCUUCAUUCUAAGGUGGUUGGUUUGUAUAUAUAUGUGUCUGAAUUGUAUA